AAAAAUUAACCAACCAAACAACCCCCAACAGCCAAGCAUACAUCUCUAUUUUUUUUUAUUUUGGUCUUUUUGUUGGAUUUUCCCUUCUUUUUUUUUCUCCGUUUUUUUUUUUUUUUCGCGUUAUCGCUCAGUUUUGAGCGAAGGUUUACAUUUUUUAAAAAUUUGCUUUCCAGCCCGCCUUGAUCUUCUAGCGCGAGUUCAUCGACUCAAAAAAAAAAAAAAAAAUCUCUGGCUGGCGUUUUUCUUUCCUUUUUUUUUUUUUUUUUUUUUUUUUUUUUUAAUUUUCAAGGGGGAGGAGAUUUUCCACAAGAAAAGGUUGUUUUCAUGUUUGGGAUUCAGGAAAGCAUCCAACGGAGUGGAAGCAGCAUGAAGGAAGAGCCGCUGGGCAGCGGCAUGAACGCGGUGCGGACGUGGAUGCAGGGCGCCGGGGUGCUGGACGCCAACACGGCGGCGCAGAGCGGGGUGGGUCUGGCCCGGGCUCACUUUGAGAAGCAGCCGCCUUCCAAUCUGCGGAAAUCCAACUUCUUCCACUUCGUCCUGGCCCUCUACGACAGACAGGGCCAGCCCGUGGAGAUCGAGAGGACAGCCUUUGUGGGGUUCGUGGAGAAGGAAAAAGAAGCCAACAGCGAAAAGACCAAUAACGGGAUUCACUACCGGCUCCAGCUCCUCUACAGCAAUGGAAUAAGGACGGAGCAGGAUUUCUACGUGCGCCUCAUAGACUCCAUGACAAAACAAGCCAUAGUAUAUGAAGGCCAAGACAAGAACCCAGAAAUGUGCCGAGUCUUGCUCACACACGAGAUCAUGUGCAGCCGCUGUUGUGACAAGAAAAGCUGUGGCAACCGAAAUGAGACUCCCUCAGAUCCAGUGAUAAUUGACAGAUUCUUCUUGAAGUUUUUCCUCAAAUGUAACCAAAAUUGCCUAAAGAAUGCGGGAAACCCACGUGACAUGCGGAGAUUCCAGGUCGUGGUGUCUACAACAGUCAACGUGGAUGGCCAUGUCCUGGCAGUCUCUGAUAACAUGUUUGUCCAUAAUAACUCCAAGCAUGGGCGGAGGGCUCGGAGACUUGACCCCUCGGAAGGUACGCCCUCUUAUCUGGAACAUGCAGCUACUCCCUGUAUCAAAGCCAUCAGCCCGAGUGAAGGAUGGACCACGGGAGGUGCGACUGUGAUCAUCAUAGGGGACAAUUUCUUUGAUGGGUUACAGGUCAUAUUCGGUACCAUGCUGGUCUGGAGUGAGCUGAUUACUCCUCAUGCCAUCCGUGUGCAGACCCCUCCUCGGCACAUCCCUGGAGUUGUGGAAGUCACAUUGUCCUACAAAUCCAAACAGUUCUGCAAAGGGACACCGGGAAGAUUCAUUUACACAGCCCUCAAUGAACCCACCAUCGAUUAUGGCUUCCAGAGGUUACAGAAGGUUAUUCCCCGGCACCCUGGUGACCCUGAGCGUUUGCCAAAGGAAGUGAUACUCAAAAGGGCUGCGGAUCUGGUGGAAGCGCUGUAUGGGAUGCCCCACAACAACCAGGAGAUUAUUCUGAAGCGAGCGGCUGACAUCGCAGAGGCCCUGUACAGUGUGCCCCGCAACCACAGCCAGCUCCCCGCCCUCACCAACACCUCCGUCCACGCGGGGAUGAUGGGCGUGAAUUCGUUCAGUGGACAACUGGCCGUGAAUGUCUCCGAGGCGUCGCAGGCCACCAAUCAGGGUUUUACCCGCAACUCAAGCAGCGUAUCACCACAUGGGUACGUGCCGAGCACCACCCCCCAGCAGACCAACUACAACUCGGUCACCACAAGCAUGAAUGGAUAUGGCACCGCAGCCAUGUCCAAUUUGGGCGGCUCCCCGACCUUCCUCAAUGGCUCAGCUGCCAACUCGCCCUAUGCCAUCGUGCCAUCCAGCCCCACCAUGGCCUCCUCCACAAGCCUCCCCUCCAACUGCAGCAGCUCCUCUGGCAUCUUCUCCUUUUCACCAGCCAACAUGGUCUCAGCCGUGAAACAGAAGAGUGCUUUUGCGCCUGUCGUCAGACCCCAAACCUCCCCGCCUCCCACCUGCACCAGCACCAACGGGAACAGCCUGCAAGCGAUAUCUGGCAUGAUUGUUCCUCCCAUGUGAAAGAAUUGCCUUGAAGAAUUUUAUUAAUGAAAAGGUUGGAUUCUGCUACAGAGAGUAAUCUGAUACAAGUCCCAGAGUGGAACUUUUAACUCAGGCCUUUUUAAGAGGAAUCACAAUAACUGCAGAUUUUUAAACAAACAUUAUCACCGACCUUGCAAAUACUGAAAUUGGAAGGGAUCUGCGAAUGCAGGGUGUUGGUUACAGUUGUACCUCCCGAGUCCUUGGGGGGAUAUAUUUAUUCCGUGUUGAUAAAAGCAAAUCCACUUUUCCUUUUCUUUUUUUUUUUUUUUUAAGCUUAACUGCAAUCAUUUGUCUUUUAUAAACCGUAAAGCUGUAUACAAGGGACACUAUAAAUAAGACUCCAUGUUUUAAUUUAUGAUGUUUUUAAAGCUGUGUAAAAGGAGAAUGAAGUGGUGAUACUUACAAAAAAGUUAAAAAAAGAAAGAAAAAAAAGAAAAAAGAAAAAAAAAGCUUGUAUGGGACAGAAUAGGAAUGCCAGUUAGAUUUUUUAGAAAACUAAGGGUCGGCUUUUGCGCCUUAAAGCAUAUCAAGUGGUAGUUACUCGGACAGUGCAUUUCCAGUAUCUAACUUAACACGCCAUCCCUUAGCAGUGCAAGCUUAUUUAUCUUUUUUGUAUUGUUGUCUUAAGUAACUGUGUAAAUAAAUGCAGCCUGGAAAGUUAAAAAGUGAUGUAAGUGAUCACAUUUCCCCUUCUGCUCAAAAAUCCAGUGCCUCUAGACAGAUGUUACAACUGCAUAUUUAAACCUGAUAUCACUCUCUCUCUUGCUUAUGUCAACUUCUUCUGAAGCCGGUGGCCUCUUGAGAGCUUGGUGGCACACACAUUUGUGAGGAUCUCCUUUGAGACUUCAUGGAACAGGGUCAGGCACAGAAUUCCACAUAUGCCCUCCAGUUAUCAAGCCAAAAUCCCACUUACACGUCGCCACUGACAAGUUUAAAGUUUACUCAUCCUAACUGCUGACUUCAUACCAAUCCUCAAAAGCUGACAAAAGGAACGUGACAGGUAUUUCAGAUGACCCAUUCGAGACAGCGCCUCUAUCAGUCGACCCUUAACCAUUUGUAACAUAGUAGAUUAAAACGACAGGUUAAGUGCUUUGGAAUUAAGAAUAAAAGGAAACUGGGAGAAAGGAGAAGGUUAAGACCUCCAAAACAUAGUUUUCUGUUCGAUGGGAAUUUUUGCUCUCAUUAUCUGGGAAGUGUUCUUAAAAAUAGGAAUUAAUAGCAGAGAUGCAGCAAAGCUCUGAGGAUGCAUUUGCCUGGUAUUUUUUUCUUUGCUGUUGUGUUUUUGUAUGUAGUUAUAAAUACUGUAGAUUUUUUGUGAUUUUUUGCCAAAGUUGUGGUUCUAUUUAUACAUUUUAAUGUCUUAAGACAGUUUUUCAAUAUCACACACAAAAAAGAUUUUACUGCAUAUUUUGCAAAGAAAAAAAAGCUCACUACCUUUAGCUUGCACAUACUUGCAAAGUUAAUUAAAAGGCUUUUUGUUUUAAAGGGGAUUUUGUAAGAUAUCCAUAUAAAUAAUGUAUUUAUCUUUGGAAUUUGUACAUUGCUUUCCCCUUCCUUCUUUUCCUCCGACUCCCAAUUUAUUUUAUUGUGUAUGUUUGCUAUGUGAAAAGUGCGUAUUGGUUUGGUCACCUAUAGUUGUAUUAGCUGUUUCAAUGUGAUUUUUAAACAUUUCAUUUAUAGUUAUUUUUAGUAUUGUUUUAAACCAUGCUUCAUUUUUUAAUUUUCAUCCAAAAGCCAUUGUCUAUUUUUGUAUUAUUUGUAAGUUAAGAAGUUUUUUCCAAUAUAUGGCAAAAAAAAAUAGUAGCAUAUUAUUCUUGUAGCAUUUAGUUCCGUAGAUUUAAAAAAAAUGUAUCCUUUGCUUUGGAAGCUUACAGAAAAAAAAACAAAAACAAACAAACAAAAAAAAACAACCCUAAUGCUGUUUUACUCUAUUAAUAUGCAUGGAACCUCUCCCUUUGGAGUGACGCAUUUUGUGCAUUAAAUUCCGAGGAGAAACUUCAUAGAAAUCAGUGAACAUACUUUCUUUCCUAAGUCUGCUUGUAUAUUUCCUCUGUCUUUCACAUAAAUAUAAACCAGCAGAUUGGAUGCCUUAACAAUGCAAAUCAUAUUCAUUUCACUUGUACAUUGUAACUGUGCACCAGAACUGUCAGUCAUCACUCACAUUCUAAGAAAAAAGAAAAAAAAAAGAAAAAAAAAGAAAUCGAAAAGCACAAAAGAACUGUUUUGUUACCUUAAGACAAUGUAACUUUUCUAGUAGAGCAAGAAAUUUACAACAAUGCUGCAACUGUGCAUGCCCCCCUAUGGAUUUUGCAAUGGUUUUCACUAGACUGUCAGAGUGGAUUUUUAUGGGUUGG